AUGAAUUCGCAAGUUCGCCGACCGUAUCGCUCUAAGAGACAUCCGCCGUGCGAUCGAUGUCGCCAGAAGAAGCUCCGGUGCGACCCGGACGACCAGAUUGCUUGUCGCCGAUGCCAGGCCAGUGGCACGCUGUGCUCCUUCACCCGCCUGCAUCGGUCUGUGUCGAUGCCAGUCGCAUUCGCUGGCAGCACGACUCCUCAGUACGAGCCUGAUCCCCCGAGUGUCCCUGCUAUCGUGCCCGACACCGUCGCCUCGCAGCCGCCUGCUGUGCCCUACCUGCCUGAGCGUCCGCUGACGUACCCCAUCGCCGAACGGUCUGCGCCGCAGCAGGCCAUCCAGACGCUGGAUCUGCUGCCAGGCGUGUCCGCCCAGGUGAUGGGCACCUCGGGCGAGUCUGAUCCGUUCCUCCUGCGCCAUUGCAAGUUCGAUGACUACGGGCUGCUGCAUUUCCACCAGGUGCGCUUCCGCAAUGCCGGCGGAGUCCCCCUGGAGGAAAAGAUCCCCGUGCACUAUCUCGUCACCGACGACGUGCUUUACGACUCUGCAGCAUCAUCGACUAGAACUGCACGCCAGUUUCCUUCGGCACGCGAUGAACUCGACACUCUCGUGCCGGGUGACCACGGGCAGCGCCUGAUCUCGCUCUUCCUGACCUAUGUCUUCCCCAGCCUCCCUAUAAUCCCCCACUUCAUCGCAUCUGAGGAUUUGCAGACAGUGCCAGUCCAUCUCCUUGCUGCGAUCUACGCUUGUGCUCUUCCAUUUGCCAAGUUCGACGAGUGGCUGUCCAUUGUCCAUGCAUACCAGGCCCCACCGACCUCGCAGCUUUGGCGGCUGGCACUCGACCUGAUCCUGGAGGAGAUACACACUCCACACCUGUCUGUCCUCCAAUCAGGCAUUCUAUAUCUCCAUAAGCACUGGGAGAGUUCACAAGAAGCCGCCAUUGCCGAUACGCCUUUUGUCUGGUCGUUUGUUGGGAUGAUGGUCGGGCUGGCGACGUCGUUAGGGCUUCAGUUCGAGUGUCGCCCGAUGGGAAUGCCAUUAUGGGAGCGCCGCGUGCGCCGACGACUCUGGUGGGCUGUAUACAGCGAGGACAAGUGGCGCUCGUUACUGAUGGGCCGACCGCCGUACAUUCGUGCAGAUGAAUGGGAUGUCACCGACCUCGACGAAGCAGACUUUGAGACCGCCCCUGCAGAGCCUUUCAUGCGCAUGGUGAAGAUGGCCAUGAUCGCCGAUGAAAUUCAAAGCUCGAUGUACUCCCUCUGGUCAGCCCAGCGGCUGUCGUCCGACUUUGCAGACUCCUUGCAGACAUCGCGCGCCCUUCUACGAAAGCUCCAAGAAUGGCUCUCACUAAUCCCUGCUCCCCUGGCACAAGACGGAACCUCUGCUGGCCCAGACCUAUCCACAUGUGUGCACUUUGCGUACCUGCUGCUGGAAGUCUUCAUAUUCCGAGCACUGCUCCGGCCCAUGGUCCCCUCUAAACCUCCGCCUCGCCUCAUCGACGAAACAGAGCAGCUGCACUUCUUCCCAGACCUUACGGUAGACGAUUACAUAGCCCAGAUUAUUGAUGUAGACGAGGUAGUCGGGGAAGAUAUCCCAGCAGUGACAGUAACCAUCGAGGACAAGUCAGUGCCGAUUGUCUUGAGUGCCGCAGAGAACUGUGCAGCCAGUAUGCUACGGCUUAUAUCGCGUAUGGAAGCCCGAGAAAUGGGGAAUUUCUGGUAUUCAUGGUGUCGAAUCGGAUUCGCGACCGUGAGCAAUUUCAUGCUUUUACUGCUUGUCCAAGCGCCUACAAAGGAACAUGCCCUGCGCGCGAAGAGACUGGUGUAUACGUGGCAGCAAGCCCUCCGGAGUCAAGGACGAGGCUGGGACAUGAUGGACCUGGGGCUGAUACGGUUGAAUGGUGCAUUGGGCCUGGGACUGGCAAAUACUUAUUAUCUUCCUCUGCAUAUCAGGGAAGUUUUAGACUCGUUAACAGGGUAA